UGACCUCCUCUUUAACCAGCUGUAUUCGCGGCUGGUAGAGAAUAUGGUUGCUAAGGCUGUGUUCUUGGAGUCGCUGGAGUCGUACGUUGUCGCUGAUCGUGUUGGACACCUCACUGCAGCCAUUAUGAGGGACCUCCUUGACCACUACCAUAGUAAUGGUAUGAUGGACAGUCUGGAGAGAUGCAUCGUCCACCUAGAUGUUACCAGCUUGGACAUCCAGCAGGUGGUCCAAGUAUGUUGGGAGAACCAGCUCUAUGAUGCAAUGAUCUACGUUUUCAACAGUGGGAUGAAUGACUACAUCACUCCAAUGGAGAAACUGUUUGCAGUGAUUGGUCCAACACUUAAGGAGGGAAGGAGCCUAACAGAUGAGAACGUGGUAAUGGGAAACAAACUACUCGUGUACAUAAGCUGUUGUCUUGCAGGGAGGGCGUAUCCACUUGGAGAUAUCCCAGAAGACCUUGUGGUUCAAGUCAAGAACCAGGUUUUUGACUUCCUAAUCCGUCUCCACUCAGCCGACUCGUCCGAGGAAGAGGACGUUUUCCCAUUUAUUCGUACACUCCUCCACUUUGACACCAGGGAAUUUCUCAAUGUUCUCGCCAUGACAUUUGAGGACUUUAAAAAUGACAAGCAGGCCCUUGAGUACCAGCAGAGGAUAGUGGACAUCUUACUUCAGGUAAUGGUGGACAACGCAGACUUCACUCCCUCCCAAGUGGGCGGACUCUUCACCUUUUUAGCUCGUCAGUUGGCCAAACCAGACAACACCCUGUUUGUGAACAGGAAGCUCUUUGAUCAGGUGCUGGAGUUCCUUUGUUGUCCGGACGAUGAUUCCCGACACACUGAAAGGCAGCAGGUUCUGCUGGAGCUCCUGCAGGUCGGGGGCGUGGUCCAGUUUAAUGAAGAAAGACUCCUGAUGCUGGCAGAGAAAGCCAAGUUCUACCAAAUCUGUGAAUUUCUUUAUGAGAAGAAUCAUCAGUAUGACAUGAUCAUUGACUGCUACCUGAAAGACCCCCUCAGAAAGUGGGAAAUCUUUAACUACAUCCACAACCUGCUGUCCAUGCCUGGAUACAGCCACGAGGAAAAACAACGAGUCAAGAGCAAAGUGCUGAAGCACAUAAGGGACGUGGUGACCCUUGACCCCAGCAAAUCAGCUGACUUAGUGCUGUUUCAUUUCACCUCCGAGGUGCAGCACAUCGUCUCUGAGCUUCAGGAUGAUCAGCUGCUUUUCAAUUUCCUCAACUGCCUCUUGGAGCCACGGGAAGGCCCUCAUUCAGGGUCCAUCUUACCUCAAGAAGGUGACCUCCAUGAGCUUCUGCUGGAUUUAAUGUGCCGCUUUGCUCCAGACCAGCUUCUGAGCUUUCUCCACACCUCCCAGCACUACAGACUGGAAGAUGCAAUACAAAUAACUCAGAAGCACCACUGCAACGAAGCUACAGCCUACCUGCUGGACAUGAAAGGAGAUGUUCAUGGAGCAUUUGCUGUCUCAUUAGAGACCCUGAAGGAAACACUGUGUGCUCUGACUGCUGAGAGUGACAGUGGAGCGAAGGAUGGGAGAUGGGACGAGGCUGUAAGAACUGAAUCGGUGCUGAUGAAAUUAAAGGAGUCUGUGAAUGACAUCAUUGUCUUCUGUCAUCGAAGUUGUCAGGGCCUGGACCAGAAACAGAGAGAGGUUCUCUGGUUUCCACUGUUGGACACAAUGAUGGCGUCUCAGAAACAAGUAAAGGGGCUCAAUGCUAAACACACCUCUGAUGUGCUGAAGGAGCUCACGAUGAAGGUUCUCAACGCUAUGAGCAGCUUUAUUUCUUUACCUGCCAUCAUUCAACAGAUCCUGCAGGAUCCAGUGUAUGGCAAAGGCAAGCUGGCGGAGAUUCAAGGCCUCAUUCUGGGUAUGCUGGACACGUUUAACUAUGAACAGACUUUACUUGAAACAACCACCAAUCUGUUGAACUACGACCUCCACUGGUCCCUGGCUCACCUGCGUGCUGCUGUCACAAGAGGACUCCACCCACGACAAGACUGCUGUAACAUCUGCCUCCAGCAGUACAAGAGGAGGCAGGACGCAUCUGAGGAGAUCAUUGUUUUCAGCUGUGGUCACCUGUACCACCUGCAGUGCCUGCAGCAAAAAGAUUGUGUGUGGGGCUGUGCUUCAGAGCUGCAGCGGCAGUGGAGGUGCUACAAGUGUUCGGCCAUCCACGGAGGAAGAGUCGGGCCUUCCACUGAACCAAAGAGAGGCCGUAGCACAUCUCUGGCACAGACACAUGUGACAUCAGCACGCCAAGACACAGGGGCGUCGGCUCUCAGGAAGAAGGUGUUCGCUGAGGCAACACUGGACCUUCAGCAGGAGCAGUCCUGGGAUGAAAUCCGCUGCUUAUACCGAGGACCAUCCAGGUUGUCCAUGCUUUCAGAAGUCUCCCACUGCCACGAGAAAACAGGAUCUCUGUUCUCCGUCCAGCUGGGAACAGAAAGUUUCCAACUGAAACUCUCUCCUCCGCCUCUCUUCGAAGAAUAACAUCAUGACUGCUUGAGGACAACAUUUUCCUUUUGCUCUUUUCAACACCAAAGUCCUUUGGGAGUAGCUGAUGUCAGAUCUCGCUUUAGUCCCAGUUAUUCCAUCUUUCUUUGUUUUUUACUGUGUACAACUUUACCCAAAAUGUUGGUUGAAGAAAUGCUGCAGAAGUCUUCAGCUGGAUAAGCUCUGCGCCUCAUCUGGCUCAUUUUGAAAUAGAAGUUGAUGUUUGGUGUGAGUUAAAGUUCGAUGCAGCAGUUCAACUCUGAGGUGGGACUUCCAGGGAGUGAUCUUUAAAAAACAUGAAAACAUUGGAUCACAUCUUGUAAAUCAUUGUGAUAAUUCUCAGUGUAGCUUUGCUGAACACCUCAAAACUGUUCAUAUUUACACUAAUAUAUUAUUAAUGACCUGUGAAGAUUUUCAACAUUUUCAAAAAAUAUUAGAAAAAAACGAUGUGCUGUGUAAAUUAAAUGAAGCACUGGUAUCUUUAGCAUAACAAUGAGUGUCCCUGUGUGUAGCCUGAGCUUUUCUGUGUAGAGGCAGCGUGUGAUUGUCAGUCAAACAGGAAACCUUGGCCUUCUCUGUUUAAAUGAUAAAGAGACUAGAGGGAAAACAAGGAGUGAAAUUAAAGCUCAAAUAUGACUAAAAACCACUUCAAAUGUUGUUUCUGUUGGAGUUAUCCUCCUGCUCCUCAUGCUCGGUUUACAGCACAUUAUGGCUUCAUUAAUAAUUCAAGGAGAGCAACAAAGGCCCGAAUGAUUCCCAGCAAAUGAUGGUUUUCUGUCUCCUCUGUCACAUAUGUGUACAUAUUCAAAUCAUUUGGCUUUCUGUUGCACAUUAUGUGGUAACUGUAAUGAUUGUGGCUGGAUGUUGUGAUGUGUUACUUGUAACAGACAAAGCAGAAGCAGAGGGAGGUUCGGCCCACGCAGUGCUGUUCUGGGUUAUUCAUCUUUACAUUUAAAAAGCUCCCAUCUGAAAACAUCGAAUCAAAUUUGUCAUCAGUGACAUCACUGAUACUAAAUCCUUAUUGAAUGUUUCUCCUGCCUGAGAGCUGUAAGAACGGGGACUUAAACUCUGCUUAAUAAACCAGCACGUACUGUA